AUGAAGCGAUCUGCCGUUCUUUUCGUUGAAAAGGCCACACCGGCAACGAUUACAGAAUUCCACGAUGUGUUAUCCAAUGAUUUAGAAUCUGUGAAGGAAAAAUGGUCAUUUGAGUUCAAAACGUUCAGAUCUUCAGUCAAGAACUUACCCGUGGGAGAACCUAAGCUCUUACAUGCGGUAACUUUUUCCCAUCGUGACAAUCAGAGCGUGGUCAUACGAAGUAAAUCGGCAAUCGUUACUACGGCCCAAGGAUCCACGAUCCCUGAUGAUUUGGUAUUGAAUAGUUGCUCUGCAGGUGCGUGUGAACCGUUUGACAGCGUUUUAAUGUCCAAAUUGUCAAAUCUUUGGACAUUGAGACAAAGUAUAAAAGGUGAUUUUGGUAGUACUUACAAAACUACAGAAUUGACCAUCCGAGCUGCCAAUAUAUUCUCUUAUGGGAGUUUCAAGGGACUUGUUAUUGAAUUGGAGUGCGAAGAUGACGUUGCGGCGGAAGAAUUCCAGCAACGAGUCGAUAAAAUAUGCAACUAUUUGAAAGACAUUUCUGUGGGCGAUUUUAGAACGUGUUCUGAUCAUAUAGAUCCGUCAAAACCGCAUUUCCUUUGUGACGUUGCAUACCAAUACAUAAGAGUCCUGGAACUAUAA